UGAGCGGAGACUCUGAGAACAUCUGCAUGAGCAAUGGCACAGUUAUCCUCAACCACACUGCAUUAAAGCACUGAGAGAAGUUCUCCAGAAAUGCACAGUCAGGAUGCAGAUCAUGGAUUCGGGAUCGCGUUUAUUGCGCUUCACUGAUGCCGUAUGAUAGAUUUGAAGAGAUUCUGUGAGAGCGCGGCGCGCAUUUGGAGAGGCACAGAGCCUGUUCGCGGCAGAUUUUGGAUAAGAGUCUCGGAGCCAUGGCUUGCCUGCGCUGUGUGCCAACGAGGAGGAAUCAUUCCGCAUCCAUCUGUUCUGUGCUGUUCAUUCUGCUUUUUAUACUCGGAUGCCAGCAGAGAUCUCACUGUGCAUCUGCAACCCUUCAGGCUGGUCCUCAUGUAAAGCAUAAAGCUCUGCUGGAAACACUGCGGUUACCUCACAACACAGAAUAUGAAAUCGUGGCCCCAUACGAGGUGGACCAUCAAGGGCGUUACGUUUCCCAUGCCGUGGACCACCAUCACCGUAGGAAACGCUCCACAGAGGGUCAAGAUCACGACCGCGCUGUGCACUUUAGGCUGCGUGGAUUAGGACAGGACUUCCACCUGGACCUGCAGCCGUCACGUGACCUGAUCGCCCCCAGCUUCACCGUACAAACCCUGGGCAGGAGCGGCACCAAGAGCCUGCAGCCUUUUCCUCAAGACCACCUCUGCUUCUACCAUGGGGUGCUGAGGUCAGAGGUCAACUCAUCCGUGGCCCUGUCGACAUGUGCAGGGAUGUCAGGUUUAAUCAGAACUCAGGGUGCGGAUUAUUUCCUGAAGCCGUUGCAUCCACAUCAGGCACUUCUGGAGAACUUCUCAGCCUCAUCUGACCACCAUCCCCACAUCCUAUACAAGAGAGCCACACCAGCACAGACCAACAGAGGCAGAAACAGGAGGUCAACUGAGCCAAAGACUGUCAACAGAAGAGAUUCAGCUGUCCCGUAUCUGUGGAGAACCACACAGACGGAUCCAGAGGAGUACCAGCGUAUGCUGCACAGUCAUGACGGCACACGGCAGAGACAGCACUUCUGUGGAAGACGGAAGAAAUACAUGCCUAAACCUCCUGAGAAUGAUAUCUAUAUUUUUCCGGAUGAAUAUAAGUCCAUGCCCAGAGGGAAGCGAGCCAUUAUGUUCAAACCUCAGACGCACAAGAGGCUAAAUGUGGAGACCCUGGUGGUGGUCGACCGUAAGAUGAUGGACAAUCACGGCCAUGAGAAUAUAACCACAUAUGUGCUUACUGUUCUUAACAUGGUCUCAACACUUUUCAAAGAUGGCACGAUUGGAGGUGAUAUCAAUGUUGUAAUUGUUGGACUAAUACUGCUGGAUGAAGACCAGGAUGGACUAGUGAUUAACCAUCAUGCGGAUCAUACUCUGAACAGUUUCUGCCAGUGGCAGUCAGGACUGGCUGGGCGAGAAGGUCGCCGCCAUGAUCAUGCCAUCCUGCUAACCGGUCUGGAUAUCUGCUCCUGGAAGAAUGAACCAUGUGACACUCUGGGCUUUGCUCCAAUCAGUGGAAUGUGCAGUAAGUACCGCAGCUGCACGAUCAAUGAGGACACGGGUCUCGGUCUGGCCUUCACCAUUGCCCAUGAAUCUGGCCACAACUUUGGAAUGGUCCAUGAUGGCGAAGGCAAUGUAUGUAAGAAGUCGGUUGGAAAUAUUAUGUCUCCUACCUUGGCAGGACACAACGGUUUAUUCUCCUGGUCAUCCUGUAGCCGACAAUAUCUAAACCGAUUUCUAAGUUCUGCACAGGCCACCUGUCUGUCUGAUGAGCCCAGCGCCAUCCAGGAGUACAAGUACCCUGAGAAACUUCCCGGAGAGCUGUACGACGCUGACACGCAGUGCAAGUGGCAGUUCGGAGAGAAAGCUAAACUCUGCACUCUGGACUUCAAGAAGGACAUCUGUAAAGCCCUGUGGUGCCACCGGGUCGGAAGAAAAUGUGAGACCAAGUUCAUGCCGGCCGCCGAGGGCUCAGCCUGCGGUCCAGAGAUGUGGUGUCGUCAGGGUCAGUGUGUAAAGCAGGGGGAUGAAGGUCCGAAGCCGGUUCAUGGUCAGUGGUCAUCCUGGUCUGGCUGGUCCAGCUGCUCGAGAAGCUGUGAGAGUGGAGUGACCUACAGAGAGAGACACUGCAGCAGCCCCAGGCCGAUGUAUGGCGGCAGGUUUUGCGAGGGCUCGUCUCGCUCUUAUAAACUGUGUAACACCGCUGACUGCCCUCAAAAUGCCAUGGACUUCAGAGCUGCCCAGUGCGCCGAGUUCAACAGCAAACCCUUCCGUGGAUGGUACUACAAGUGGAAACCCUACACACGUGUGGAUGAUCAGGACGUAUGUAAGCUCUACUGCUUCGCUGAAGGUUAUGACUUCUUCUUCGCCCUCUCCAGUAAAGUCAAGGAUGGGACGCUCUGCUCACAGGACAGCUCUGAUGUCUGCAUUGACGGCAUUUGUGAGAGAGUGGGCUGUGACAGGGUGCUGGGAUCCAAUGCCGUGCCGGAUCUGUGUGGCAUCUGCAAGGGCGACAACUCCACCUGCAAAAUCUACAAAGGCCAAUACACCAAACAACAUUACCUGAGCCAGUACUACCGUGUAGUGACCAUACCGGCUGGAGCGCGCAGCAUCCGUGUGAUGGAGCUCAACUCCUCCAGCUCUUAUCUGGCCCUGAGGAAUCUGCAGAGGAAGUAUCACCUGAAUGGACGCUGGACAGUGGACUGGCCCGGACGACACUCCAUCGCUGGGGCUAUGUUCGACUACAAGAGGCCCUACAAUCGUCCUGAGAGCCUCACUUCCACUGGACCCACCAAUGAGACACUGGUGGUUGAGGUAGUUCUCAUGCAGGGCUGGAAUCCGGGCAUUCAGUGGGAAUACACACUGACCAAAGAGCAUACAGAGCGACGCAACCAGCCCAAACACAACUACACGUGGGCCAUCGUUCGCUCGCAGUGCUCAGCCAGCUGUGCAGGAGGUCAGAUGGUCAGUAAAUCAGUCUGCUACAAGGAUCUGAAGGUUCAGGUGAACACGUCUUACUGUAACUCGCGAUCUCGGCCGUCCACCGGUGCGAUGUCCUGUAACACACAGCCCUGUCCUGCAAGCUGGCGUGUGGAGGACUGGGCUGCGUGCAGCCGCAGCUGUGGAUCCGGAGAGCAGAUCAGACAGGUGCGCUGUGUCCAGAAAACAGGCCCGGAUCAGGUGCACACAGUGACCGAUGACCAGUGUGCACAACCGCCGCUGCCCCGCAGACAGACCUGCAGCACACACAGCUGCCCGCCGGUCUGGAGCGCCGGACCCUGGUCUCAGUGUUCUCGUAAAUGUGGGAAGGGAGUGAUGAAGAGAGCCGUGGCGUGUGUGAGCGGUGACUCCCGUGUGCUGCCGGAUGCCUCCUGUGCCGCUCUGCCCAAACCCAGCAGCCAAGAGACCUGCAUGAUCAAACGCUGCCACAAACAGCGCAAAGCCCAGUGGUUCGUCUCAACCUGGCAACCGUGUUCAGUGUCCUGUGGUAAGGGUCUUCAGCUGCGUGUGGUGAAGUGCGCAGAGAAGGACGUCGCAGGAAAAUACAGAGAAUUGUCAGCCAGAAAGUGUCAGCAUGUGCCCAAACCCUCCAUGGAGCUCCAGAGAAGCUGUGUCCUGUCAGACUGUCCCGUGGCCUCUCCUCACAGCAGACCGGACUGGUACUCUUCCCCGUGGUCUCAGUGUACGGUGUCGUGUGGAGGAGGCGUUCAGAUGCGCUCCGUGCAGUGUCUCCUUCAUGGACGGCCUUCCUCCGGCUGUGUGCUGCAGAUGAAGCCUGUGAUGACCCAGGCCUGUAACACUGCAUUCUGCCCUCAGCCACAGAAGAAAGACGUGGUCUGUAAGGAUCACUUCAGCUGGUGUUAUCUGGUGCCGCAGCACGGCGUUUGCAACCACAAGUUCUACGGGAAGCAAUGCUGCAAGUCCUGCUCGCACACGAACCCGUGAGAACUUCUCGAGAUGUAUGACUUCUGAGCCCUGGAUGGAGCAGAGCCAUGCCCUCGUACUGAACACAAAGACAUUAUUAAAGACUCAGAGCGGCUUGCUUGUCUGCAGAGUGACACGGCCGAUUCCGGCGAGACUCUCAGUGUGUCGCUCUCUGCAGGAAAUGACAUCAUCGACGAAGCCCUCUGGAGGCGAUAGCGUGUCAGCGAGGGUGCGAGGACUCCUUUCAUUGUGUUUCACAGAGCUUCAAGCGGAUGGGAUGUACUCUGCCUCCGGAUAUAGGCUAGACUGAAUCCACGUGUCCAGAUGCAUGGACAUGUGUUGUGUUUUUCCAUGAACAUGCCUCAUAAUAUCAUGUGAAUCACAUAAACGGGCUUAAUGCAUCUCAUUGUGGAGAAUAUGGCGUUAUGUAGUAGAGCUACAGUCAUUUUUGGUGCUAUAUGCUGAUAUUAAUGGCAGCCGAGCAGCUGUUGCAUAACAGGGGUUUUAAAUUAACAAGACAAUGAAUCAGCGCUUUUGUAUGAUUGAUAUUAAUUCUCUUAUUUAUUAACAAUACUGCAGUAUAGCUAUUCUGCUGUAACAUAUAUGGCUUUUAUGUUCCUGUUCAACUUCGGGUAUAGUUGCACGAUUGGUUAUUUUUGUAUGUUUAAUCAUGCCUUCACAGUACUGUUACGUGUUUGGGUUUCAUUAUUUCGGAGGAAAACAAAAUGCCAAUUAAACCAGUUUAAUGAACUGUAAGAAGUGUCACGUUUAACAGAGUCAGCUCUCUUCGUGGGACGUUUUUAGCAACCGCACGACUGCCAAGAACUGUAAAUCUGUCUUUGGUCUGACCGAGAGAUGCUGCACAUAUGGGUUUUGAAGAGAGCUGCGUUGCACAAAUGACUUCCAUCAUUUACAGUAUUUGCGUUGGUUGUACAGCAGCAGUAGAUGAAUGUAAUCGCUCGUCCACAGCGAGUGUUAUUCUGAAGAGUGGACGCAGGGUUUGUUAUAAAUGGCAGUUCUUAUUAAACGUGACGCGUGUCACAUUGCCAUCACAUUACAAGCUGUGUUGUCUUUCUCUCUUGGCCGUAGGAAGCAGAUAUGCAGAUUGCUCGUGAUCCGGCUUCGCUGACGCUGAGUCAGAGCUUUUUCUUGUUCUUCAUGCGCUAUUGUUUCCAGAUGGAGUCAGACGAGGCCGCUGGAGCGCGUUCAGGAAUUAAUAUGACUUGUGAGCUUUUC